AUGAAGAAGCUUUUCACAUUAUGGAGAAGGAAGGAUGAGCCCCACACCCAGCCAGGCUACAACCUUAGAGAUAAGGAUUUAAAGAAACUUCACAAAGCUGCCUCGGUCGGGGAUUUAGAGAAGGUGAAGGAGUAUCUUCAGCUCAAGAAACAUGAUGUGAACAUGCGGGACAGAGAACACAGAACACCUUUGCACCUGGCCUGUGCUAAUGGAUAUUCAAAUAUUGUAUCUCUCUUAAUUGAGAAACAGUGCAAAGUAAAUGUCUGGGAUGGUGAAAACAGAUCUCCAUUGACUAAGGCAGUACAGUGUGACAAGGAGAGUUGUGCUACUAUUCUUCUAGAACAUGGUGCAGACCCAAACCUGGUGGAUUUAUAUGGCAAUACUGCUCUUCAUUAUGCUGCCUGUCAUCAAAGUGACUCAUUAGUUGCAAAACUGCUUGAACACAAAGCUAAUCUUGAAGCUCAAAAUAAGGAUGGGUAUACUCCACUUUUACUUGCCAUUACUGAAAAUAAUGCAGAAAUGGUAGAAUUUCUUCUGAAGAGUGGGGCAGAUGUGAAUGCUUCAGAUAAGAAUCAAAGAACAGCCCUUAUGAUUGCUCUCAGUGAUGAACCAACAAGUUUAGUCAGUCUUCUCCUUCAGCAAGAAGUGAAUCUAUCUUGUCAAGAUAUUAUGGAUUCACAGCUGAGGAAUAUGCUUCUUUCAAUGGUUUUACUAUGUAAGUGA